UUGACUUCACUGGUGUUUUGCACGCGGGCGCCAGGCGGCUCCCUGGCCAGGAGAGUCUCGUGCCAAAGGCGUGGAAGGGCGCCGGGGAAUCCGUAUUCCUAGCAGACAGACCCAGAAGCUUCUCACGACCAGACGAGGUUGGGAAACGACACGGCCUGCCUUCGCUCACUAACGCUCUUCCUCGUCCCCGGGCCAACUCGGACAGUUUGCUCACUCACUCCCUGCAACGGUCAAGGCUGGCUCGUGCCACAACAGCGCGCGCGCGCACACACGCACACACCGGGGGUGGGGGGGAACUUUAAAAAAAAAAAAAAAAAAAUGAAAGCCUAGACCAGCUCCUCGGCGGCGCGGGCGCUGCGCGAGGGCCCCGGAGCUGAGUCCCCGCGGCAGGAAGUCCCUCGGGUCGCGCCGCCCGGCCCCGCUCGGCGCCCGCGUGGGAUGGUGCAGCGCUCGCCGCCGGGCCCGAGAGCUGCCGCACCGAAGGCCGGCGACCAUGGCAGCGCGCCCGCCGCCCGCGCCCCCCGCCCGCGCCCUCCUGCUCGCCCUGGCUGGGGCUCUGCUGGCGCCCCCCGCGGCCCGAGGGGUGAACCUCGGCAGCAAAUUAGCACCUUCCAUGCAGCAAGCAGGAAGAAGGGGCCAGGGAGGAGCUUAUGAAGUAGUUCGGGUCUCUUUCUUGAAUGGAGCCCUCUGGGACCCCAUGGGGAACAUCCACUCAAAGAAUCAUCCGGACAUGUUGAAUGUUCGAAUACAACUGGAAAGCAAAGAACUGAUCGUAAAUCUGGAAAGAAACGAAGGUCUCAUUGCUAACGGCUUCACAGAAACUCAUUAUCUGCAAGAUGGCACUGACAUCUCCCUCACUCGAAAUUACACGGGUCACUGUUACUACCACGGACACGUGCGAGGGUCCUCUGGUUCCGCAGCCAGCCUCAGCACUUGCUCUGGCCUCAGGGGACUUAUUACAUUUGAAAAUAACACGUAUAUCUUGGAACCCAUGAAAAACGAGACCAACGAGUACAAGCUCUUCCCAGUGGAGAACCUGCGAGGCACCGGGGGGUCCUGCGGAUCCCAUCACGGCAUGUCUACACCGGCUGCGGAGAGCAGGCUCCCGCCACCCUCCCAGACAUGGGCGAGAAGGCAUAAAAGAGAGACCCUCAAGAUGACCAAGUACGUAGAGCUGGUGAUUGUCGCCGACAACAGAGAGUUUCAGAGGCAAGGAAAAGAUCUGGAAAAAGUUAAGCAGCGAUUAAUAGAGAUCGCUAAUCACGUUGACAAGUUUUACAGACCACUGAACAUUCGGAUAGUGCUGGUGGGCGUGGAGGUGUGGAAUGACAUUGACAAGUGCUCCAUUAGUCAGGACCCGUUCACAAGCCUCCAUGAAUUUCUGGACUGGAGAAAGAUGAAGCUUCUACCUCGAAAAUCACACGACAACGCCCAGCUUAUCAGUGGGGUUUAUUUCCAAGGGACCACCAUAGGCAUGGCACCCAUCAUGAGCAUGUGCACAGCAGAGCAGUCCGGAGGGAUCGUCAUGGACCACUCAGACAGCCCCCUUGGCGCAGCCGUGACCCUGGCACAUGAGCUGGGCCACAAUUUCGGGAUGAACCAUGACACACUGGAGAGAGGCUGUGGCUGCAGCGUGGCUGCCAACAAAGGAGGCUGUAUCAUGAACCCUUCAACCGGGUUCCCAUUCCCCAUGGUGUUCAGCAGCUGCAGCAAGAAGGACCUGGAGGCCAGCCUGGAGAAAGGCAUGGGAAUGUGCCUCUUUAACCUGCCGGAAGUGAAGCAGUCUUUCGGGGGCCAGAAGUGUGGGAAUGGAUACGUGGAGCAAGGAGAGGAGUGUGACUGUGGAGGGCCAGAGGAAUGUACGAACAGUUGCUGCAAUGCUACCACCUGUACCCUGAAGCCAGAUGCUGUGUGCGCACAUGGGCUGUGCUGUGAAGACUGUCGGCUAAAGCCUGCGGGAACGGCAUGCAGGGACUCCAGCAAUUCCUGCGACCUCCCCGAGUUCUGCACGGGUGCCAGCCCCCACUGCCCAGCCAACGUGUACCUGCAUGACGGGCACCCGUGCCAGGGGGUAGACGGCUACUGCUACAACGGCAUCUGUCAGACCCACGAGCAACAGUGCGUCACGCUCUGGGGACCAGGUGCUAAGCCGGCCCCUGGGAUCUGCUUUGAGAGAGUCAACUCCGCAGGUGACCCUUAUGGCAACUGUGGCAAAGACUUCAAGAGUUCCUUUGCCAAGUGCGAGAUGAGAGAUGCUAAAUGCGGGAAGAUCCAGUGUCAAGGAGGUGCCAGCCGGCCCGUCAUUGGUACCAAUGCCGUUUCCAUAGAAACAAAUAUCCCACUGCAGGAAGGAGGGCGGAUUCUGUGCCGUGGGACCCAUGUAUACUUGGGCGACGACAUGCCGGACCCGGGGCUCGUGCUCACGGGCACAAAGUGUGCAGAUGGAAAGAUCUGCCUCAAUCGUCGAUGUGAAAACAUAAGUGUCUUCGGCGUUCAUGAAUGCGCCAUGCAGUGCCACCGCAGAGGGGUGUGCAACAACAGGAAGAACUGCCACUGCGAGGCCCACUGGGCGCCUCCCUUCUGUGACAAGUUUGGCUUCGGGGGAAGCACGGACAGCGGCCCCAUCCGGCAGGCAGAUAACCAAGGUUUAACUAUAGGAAUCCUGGUGACCAUCCUGUGUCUUCUCGCUGCUGGAUUUGUCGUUUAUCUGAAAAGGAAGACGUUGAUACGUCUGCUGUUUACAGAUAAAAAAACCACCAUUGAAAAGCUAAGCGGGAUUGCUCACAGGUGGGUGCGCCCUUCUCGGCCGUCGCGAGGCUCAAACCCCGGUCAGGCUCACCUCAGCCACCUCAGCAAAGGCCUGAUAAGGAAGCCACCACAUUCCAAUAUGUCAAAGGACACCACCAGGAGGUGGCCACAGUGUCAGAAUCUUGACAUCAGCGGGCCCCUCAGGGCCCUCGACGCCCCUCGGCCCAGUUCGCCUCAGCGAGUGCUCCCGCCCCUCCAAAAGGCUCCCCGUGCUCCCCUCGUCCCCGCCAGACCCCUGCCGGCCAACCCUGCUCUUCGGCAGGCCCAGGGAACCCGUAAGCCAAACCCUCCUCAGAAGCCUCUGCCUGCAGAUCCUUUGAGCAAGACAGCCCGUCUCACCUGCACCCCGGCCAGGACCCUGGGGCAGCCGGAGUCCGGGCUCCGCCUGGUGCCGCUCAGACCGGCCCCCAAACACCCAGAGCAAGUGCCCAGACCCACCCACCCUGCCUAUAAGAAGUGAGAAGCAAAUCGACAUCUUUUUUUUCAACAGUGAAGACAGAAGUUUGCACUAUCUUUCAACUCCAGUGGGGAGUUUUUUUUUUUUUUUGUAUCAACUUUUAGAAACUUUUUUAAAUGUUUAAAACACCAUUAUUUUAAGAACUUGGAGCUACUGCCGUCGGUGCUGUGCUGUGCUAUGGUGCUCUGUAUACUUUUGCUCAGGUACUUGUAAAUUAUUAAUUUAUGCCAAAUGCUUGUUACAGUGCAGUGCGCUGUGGGAGGCAUUUUUUUUUUUUUUUUUUUUUUUUUUACCAUCACUGAGUUUUCCAUGGAAGGAAGGCCUGUGUGCUUUCAAUAGUUUAGUGAACUUGAAAUAUCAUGCUUUAUGGGAUUCUGGACAGGAGGUUUACUUUCCAGUUGAGGCUUUCUUGAAGAAAGGCGCCCCCAGGUAGAAGGCUGAGUGAUUUUUCUGGAGCCUCUGAUCUCCAGCGAGAGCCAGGGGCUUCAAGUCCAGGAUGGGUGUGGCUUUCAGCUUGGCCCAGCCCAUCAGCAGCUACACCUUGAACUUCAAGGAGAGCAGGGAAGGAUCUGGCUUCUGGCCCAGAAGCUUUGAAGAGAACCUGAGUUGCAGAAAGGAAUUUUAAGGUGUGGCCGCACCAGGACAGACUGGAACACAGGAGGCCAGGCAGAAACUUGACCUUGAGCUCACCAGCCAUGAGCACAUUUGGAGAGCAGGCAAAGAGGGUUGCUUUACAGAAACGCUGCCCUUCGCACAGCGCUGGUCUCAGCUCCUUAUCUAGAGGGGAAGGCUGGCGUUUCUAGCAGGUGGCCACUGGCCAGGCUCUGCAAACCUCCGUCUCCCCGUGCUGUUUGGAGCAAAGCAAAUUACCACCCUGUCUUUUCAACCAUACGACAGUGAUUCUGUGUUCAGACGGAUAGAUGGGGCCUUUUAGGAGACCAUAACUCUUUUCAGAUGUGAACCAGUAACAAGAUCUGGCAAAUCAAUUCUGUAGAUAAAAAUCUUUUAUUGCAAGGUUCAAACUUAUUAAAAAUUAGGCAGACUCCGUAUGCUUGCAAAAACUACAAUGCAACAGAAUGCCACGGGGCAGGCCGCCUCUGCCCUCCGUCCAUCUGGGACAAAGAAUCAUAAGUUAACUCGUAAGUUAUUUGGGGGGCAUUCUAUUUUCCCAGCUUGGCCGCAGGAAUCUGGAAAAGAUAUUUGUAGCACAGACAUUUGCAACCUACCUGUUGAUCACACAGAAUGUGAUGAGGAAAUCCAUUUCCUAAUCCUAAAUCUUCGUGACCUGCAUUCUCGGGCAGCAACCCCUUUAGCCUCUUACUCUUCACAUGUCCGACUGGGGAGCCAUUUCUUCACAAGGAGAUCUUGAAGCUGCCUGUAUUCUAAUGGCAUGCACAUUAUAAAAAUGCUCAGACAAGAUAAAAUGCCAUUGUGCCUCUGUCUUCCAGCAGAGUUGUAGGUGACUCGUUUUCACACUGGAAGGCAAUGGACAGCAGCUCUGUACUUCACUCCGACUGUUUUGUGACAAAGACUUCAGCUGGGGUCCUUUCAACGGUUUUUCCAGGCCUUGAAGCAGCGAGACCAAAUACCCCCAGACUUGGUUUGCCUUCCAGAAAACAAGACUGCAUUGAACUCUCCCCGUGUUCCCCACCGUAUCUAGGCAACGUAGUAAUCAUGAUCACGGAUAAACUACAUAAACCCGCAUCACAAACACACAAGAGGGAUCCCAGCUCUAAUACAUUCCAGCUCCCAUGCCAUACAGUUAUUAAUUUCUGAAAAAGGUAAAGCCAUGUUAGAAAAUAUUACUGCUGAUGACCUGCGGAAUUACUGUAACUCACACUGCAUCGAGUAAGGGUAUCAAGGCCAAAACAUAUGCCAUUGAAAAGUUUACAGAAUUUGGAUGGUGCGUUAUGUGGGUACUGUCUUUACAGAUGCCCAUAUCCUUAGAUCUGUCCUUUUAGCGCCUCUUCCUAUUGUGAGGAAGAGAGUAUGAAGUUUUUUUUUUUUUUCUUUUCCUUUCUUGUCCUUACCUGUAAUUCCUAUGCUUCCAUUUCAGAGAACCAGGAAUAGCUUGGUAUUAAGAAGGGUUAAUACUGUGAUCUGAUACCAUGUCAUCGACAGCCACUUAGGGGCUGUGAUGACACAGUCAUAUCUCUGCAGUACUAAUUGCUUUUACAGAGCCAUACAAGCUAUUUCUGAAGAAGAACACGUUGAAACCGAACAUUCCCUUACAAUAUAUGUUGUUAUUAUAGGAACAGUAUUUCCAAGAUGCAGACUUCUAUUUAGCAAGAACUUCCAUUUUAAUAGAGCUUAGGAAAAGAACCAAGAGCCAGGUAUUUUUGGGGUGGGGGGUGGGGGAGAGAUGUACCUCCCCCAUUUUUAUAUCCUUAUAGAUGGAAACAAAAAUCAAUACUUCUAUCUCCAUGCCAGUCUAUUUUUUUAGCGUUUUUAAAAAAGUUUUAUAGACUUGAAUAAGAGUUGAUUUGAGUUUAUAUGGCUGUCACCGAGGAAAUUCAAAGUGUCUAGACACAAAGUUGGCCCUGAGGGUGGUCACUUUUCUCCCCUGUCUCAUUAGACUUGCUGUUAAUAUGACCCCACUAACUGGGAAAUAGCGAGCUAAUCUUCCAGGCAUUCUGUUUAAGAGUUUAUCUCCUGAGGUUUUUUUUUUUUCUUUUUGCAAGUUUGUUUUUCUGACACAUGGACUCAGAUGGGUAGCAACCAAGAGAAACAAUGCAUAACAUUUUCCAUUGUCAAAAUACGCAUACAGAGGUGCUCCUUCCCAGUGUGAAUUUUUCCGGCUUACACAUGUGGAUGACCUCACAGAAACCACAAGAGCAGCAAAUUAAACUACAUGAGAACGAAUACUCC